CACUCUGCAAGAGAAUAAAAAAGGUUACACAAUGAAUACCAAUUUCAAGUCACAGCUGGAACCUCAGUCCAACCACAACAUGCCACAGAACAACCCACAUUACUCUCCCUCUAGAAGCUCAGAUGGGACGUACUUCUUGUCCAGGCAUGUUCCACAUCCUAGGACGGUCUGUCACAUACAAGGGUUAAACAAUGCUCCUAUCUGUGUUGUAAGAGACACACACAGAUUUUUAAGAGAACACGUAUCCGCUGGCAAAACAGUAAUCCUGGAGCACAAAGCUGAUCAACAACAUCUGCUAACUGGGAACACUACAAGCAAUGCAUCAGCCAACAACUACUUUCCAAGGCUUGAGGCUUGCAUGAGAAAGGGGUUAGGCUCUUCGCAGUCCGGAGCACAACAGGGGGAAGAAGGACUUGCAGACAUUCCUAAAGGGAUUCCAAAUACCCCUACUUCACUUAAAAAGCUUUUGAAAAAACGAUUCCAAACCUCUGCACUACCGGCAACUAGCCAGGGAAACCACGCUGCUUCUCCCACCGAGCCUUUCUCUCCAUUCAUCAACUUGCAUCACAAUCCUCACAUCCAAGAGAACAUGAAUUAUGUCCCAAGCUACCUGGAUCAGGAAAUAAAGGUGUUGGAAAAACUCUGCAAAAUUUUACAGACAGACUCUCUUGCAGAGGUCCAAGGAUGGCUCUCAAGGGCAAGUAUAAAAGAGAAAGACUUCGUGUCCAGUCUGAUUCACUCAGAACUGACUGGCAAAGACUUGCUGAAUUAUCAGCCACGUGCAAUAAAUGAAGAUACAACAGAGAACAUGAACAUUCAGAGUCUGAAAAAGCCUCACCUUCCUCUUUGCGGAGGUGCAGAAGAAGAAAUGAAUCAGUCCAGGCCUUCAACUAAAGAGUCAGAAGCAAAUCAAAGCAAGAAACAGGAAAGGGAGAAGGAAUGCCUUUUGUUCUCAAGGCUGAGAAACAGAAGUCCAGCACGUGCAGAUCCACUGUCCCUAGGGAGACCCCGCAGCCAACAAAGCACUACAGAAAGAAGAGCCGCUCCAGCCUUCACACUUCAUCAGAAGUCUUGUCUGCGCAGCAGCAAGCCACCCCCAACCCGCAGGCAUCCUCUCUCUGUGGGAGGCCCCUCUCUUCACAGCCACUGA